UCACCUGCAAACCGAUCCAGAACCUCAAUCCACCAACAGCAUGGUCAGCUCCUGUUGUGGCUCCACCUGCGGUGGCCAGGGCUGUGGCUCUGGCUGUUGUGGCUCCCGCUGCUGCUGCCAGCCUUGCUGCCGCCCCUGCUGCUGCAUUUCUAGCUGCUGUCAGCCAUGCUGCUGCCGCCCCAGCUGCUGUAUUUCCAGCUGCUGCCAGCCCUGCUGCUGCCGCCCCAGCUUCUGUAUUUCCAGCUGCUGCCAGCCCUGCUGCUGCCGCCCCAGCUGCUGUACUUCUAGCUGCUGCCAGCCCUGCUGUUGCCACCCCUGCUGCUGCCGCCCUUGCUGCUGCCAGCCCUGCUGCUGCCGCCCCAUCUGCUGCCAGACCACUUGCUGCAGAACCACCUGCUGCCACCCAACCUGCUGUGGCUCUUGCUGCUGAGCUCUGCUGACCUCUCACAUCUGUCUGCAUAUGCCCACCAUCCCCAUGUUCUCUCAGACUGGCAGCACUUCAUUUCUCCCACUGAUUUAGUUCAAAAAGACCUUCUUCAGGGCAAACAGUAUCACACAUUCAUCCACGUGAGACCGUUUCCAAUGAACAUUACCUACUCAACAUCCCACUGUCAUCUUUCUCUUGCCUUCAUCCUCUUACGUGAACGCCAAAUGUUUAUUUAAUUUAUAUCCAUCCAGUAUGAUUCGUCACAAUUCCCCCACAUCCUCAUUGUCACUGAAGAAGACAAUAUCGACCAUGUGUUUAGCUCACAAUCGGCUUUUCUUACUCAGCUUGCAAUGAGAUUUCUUUCUCAAUUUGCCCAUCAUACGAAUUUGUCUUUGUCUUGGUCUUAGUGUUUGUCCAAUUCCAAAUAAAGCUUCCUGGAAAUUAAAGGAAUC